UCCUCUGUAUUCCCAGGACUGUCCAGAGGAGAAGGUCCCAGAGAAUCCUCAGGUAGAUGGACCUGAGCCCUAUACACAUCUAUAUAGGGGGUCCUGCAGUCAUGGAGGGGUCAUAGAUUGUGAGGGUCUCUUAUGUGGACCUGUUCGAUUUCCCACCUGUCUGCUUUAUUGUACUGAAUUGUUACAGAUGACAAAUCAGGGAGAAGAUCUGACUGAUAUUAAAGUGGAGGAUGAAGAAGAGAGGAUGAUGGGCGAUCCCCCGUGUAAGAGUGAGGUGGAGGAGGACAUUCCAGGAGAUGUCACCACAGAAAAUCCUGGUAAGAAUUCUGAGCAAAACUUUGUGUUAUCGCUAAAUUAUAAAGUGGAAGAUGAAGAUGUCAUGGAGGACACUUCUGAAGAAAAUCCAGGACUUCACAAUACAAAUCAGUCAUUUAAUCCCCCUAAUUAUGAGGAACCUUCUCCUGAUCAAUCACUGAUUGUUACCACAAUUACAGGUCAGAAAGGGGGUAAAAGGUUUCAGAGUGGUAAAGAGUUCACCAAAAGCGCAAGUCUUUCUACACAGAGAGAAAUUCACACAGGAGAGAAGCCAUACUACUGUUCAGAAUGUGGGAAAUGUUUUACAUAUAAAUCAAUUUUUGUUAUACAUGAGAGAACUCACACAGGAGAGAAACCAUAUUCAUGUUCAGAAUGUGGGAAAUGUUUUACAGGUAAAUCAAAUCUUGUUUCCCAUCAGAAAAGUCACAGAGGAGAGAAGCCAUAUUCAUGUUCAGAAUGUGGGAAAAGUUUUACAUAUAAAUCUAAUCUUGCUAAACAUGAGAGAAGUCACACAGGAGAGAAGCCGUAUUUCUGUUCGGAAUGUGGAAAAUGUUUUACACAUCAAUCAAGUCUUGUUACACAUGAGAGAAAUCACACAGGAGAGAAGCUGUUCUCAUGUUCAGAAUGUGGUAAAUGUUUUACACAUCAAUCAAGUCUUGUUUCUCAUGAAAAAAUUCACACGGGAGAGAAGCUGUAUUCAUGUUCAGAAUGUGGAAAAUGUUUUACAGAUAAAUCACAUCUUGUUAGACAUGAGAUACAUCACACAGGAGAGAAGCCAUAUUCAUGUUCAGAAUGUGGGAAAUAUUUUACAGAUAAAUCAAAUCUUGUUAGGCAUCAGAAAGGUCACACAGGAGAAGAGUCAUAUUCAUGUUCAAAAUGUGGGAAAUUUUUUAAACGAAAAUCAAGUCUCAUUACACAUGAGAGAAAUCACACAGGAGAGAAGCCAUAUUCAUGUUCGAAAUGUGGGAAAUGUUUUACUGAUAAAUCAAGUUUUGUUAGACAUGGUAGAAUUCACACAGGAAAGAAGCCAUAUUCAUGUUCAUGAAGUCUUCAUGGAGUUUAUUGGUGUAUCAUCAUAGACUGGGCUAUUUUUGUCCUCAAUCAAUAUUUAACAAUAAAAUGGCUUAAUUUGUGUUACGCAGUGAUCGUAGAACCACUGUGUCAACUGAACACAUACAAUUUGGGGCAAAUCACAAGGGCAUUAACCUGGCAUUCCCUGGUUUUCACUCUUUAACCCAUUAUACUGGGAUCUAGACUUCACUGCAGGGAAACCACCAGGCCACUACUGUUUAGUUGACAACUCACCCACAGGGGUGAAUAUACACCAGUGC